CGCUUGCAUUUCCAUCAUCUGUAUUUGCAAUUGUUGAGAAAAUAGAGUAUAUUAUUGUUUAUCACUAUCUUUGCCUCGUUGCCAUGUCCACUUUUUAAAGAGUAAAACAGCUCAUCUGCCUUUCUGGCUACGUACAUCUAAAUUGAACAGUACAAAAUGUACACGCUGUGGAAAUUACUGAUUUCUCUAUUCCUUUGCAUAACAUUGGUCAACAGUUCCCGUGUGCUAGAACUAAGCGAUCGGUUUUUGGACGUUCGGAAUGAAGGCCAAUGGUUUGUGAUGUUUUAUGCGCCUUGGUGCGCCCACUGCAAAAAGCUCGAACCGGUGUGGGCUCUCGUCGCACAGGCACUGUACAACACGAACAUUCGUGUGGGACGUGUUGAUUGCACAAGAUUUACUGCUGUAGCUCAGCAUUUUAAAGUCAAUGCAUACCCGACGAUAAUUUUCGUCAAAGGGCCCUACGAUUAUGUGUAUAAUGGCGAUCGUUCUAAGGAAGAAUUGAUUCACUUCGUCAAUCGGAUGUCCGGUCCACCGGUGCAGCUAGUUACGCGAGCGGACAGUAUCGACAUACUGAAGUCGAAUAAUCCUAUCUUUUUCACCUAUGUCGGUAAGCAGUCCGGGUUGCUGUGGGACGUGUUUUACAGUGCGGCCGAAUCGUACCAGGCGCAUGGCUAUUUCUAUGCCACCUCGGUCGAAAUCGCUAAACGGCAUUUUGACGUUGACACUGUACCAUCGGCACUGGUGUAUAAGGAGCGCAGUCACUACUAUUUCCCCUACUCGGACAACUUUGAGCGGAUCGAACCGGCACACCUCAAUGAAACACUGUACCGAUGGGUGAACGAAGAGCGUUUUGCUACCUUUCCAAAGGUAACGCGCAGCAAUAUUCAUCACCUAGUGCAAACCCAGAAAUACCUCGUACUGGCCGUGGUGGAGGAAAACAAGCUGAGCGAAAUAGCAGCGCACGAGCAGGAGUUUCGCGACAUGGUGGAGAUUUUCGUGCACAAAAACAAACACAAAUAUCACGGCCGGUUCCAGUUCGGUUGGGUCGGAACACCGGAACUAGCACGCUCGAUCGCUAUGGAUAGUUUGCCAACGCCUCAUCUGCUGGUGCUGAAUGCUUCCACCAAUGAGCAUCACAUCCCAGAGGAUGAUCCACUGCAGCUGACACCGGAAGCAAUCGAAAUCUUCCUCGACAGCAUUCACAACCAAACGGCACCAACAUUUGGUGGCAAUUCGCUACCGGUGCGCAUUUACCGUGCGUGGUUCGAGGCUAAAACUUCGCUGUACGAGAUGUGGAUCGGGAACCCGGUGCUUACGACGGUGCUGUUUGGUCUUCCGCUUGGCUUCCUAUCGCUCAUCAUGUAUUCCAUCUGCUGUGCCGACAUUCUCGAUGCGGAAGAGGAGGACGAUGGUGCCGAUCAGCGACAUGAGAAAAAGGAGUAAGGGAAGCAUUCCUCUUGUGACGCCAAAUCCAUGACACAGCUAGGAGGCGAACGUUAGGACGGAGGACAGUUUCCCCGAGUGGAAAGUCUUCUCACACCUUUGUCUAGUCAUACAGUUUUGAUUUCUUCGAUAUAAUUAUUAACUGUCCAUUCCCGACGGCUCGUUGGCGUUUCCCGCGAAUUGCGAAGCGUCGCCAAUGACUUACUACACUUAGGUAAAAGGUAAUAGGAUCAUUUUAGACAAUUUUUAACUCCCGCAACAACUAACUGCUGCCCACAGUUCGGCGGGUGUUUCGUACGUGUUUAUGUGUGCGUGUGUGUAUGUGUGUCCGAUGUUUAGAAUGUUCUCUUUUUUAGCAAUGAAUGAAUCGGAAGAGAAACUCUUAAUUUUUACCCAAGAA